CAUAUCAAGAAGAAGACUAGUUUUUUAUUAGUGGCAGAAAUCGAUAAAUAAAUAUAAACAGAAAAGUGAAAUAAUUUCUGGAUUGAACCCGGGUGUGCACUUCUUCGUCUGUAGUGAGAGUGCUGCCGAAGGGGCUGAUUGAUAAAGUCGCCGGAUUAGAUUAAAGCGGCUAAUUUUGUAGGUUAAAAGGAACGUAUUUAUCCUGCCCUGUUUCCAUCACCGGCCUCUAACCGGGCAUAUUACACUAAACCGCACAUCACACGAUAAAGCAAUGAAUCAGGAGAGGAAAGCAAACAGCAGUUUAAUUCGAAUACUAUGGGCGGUUAUAAAGCAGCAGAAGCCAGCAACUGCCUCGACUUCCAAAAUCGUCAAAUUUCUUAUGACUGAAGGGGGCCUGACAGAAACUGAAGCAGAAGAUGCCGUGAAGGAUGCCGUUGAGGAUGGGUUGCUGGAAGUAAAUAGCAACAGCUCGACUCCAGCCAGGAAUGCAAGGAAAAGUCCAACAAGAACAUAUCGAAUUCCGUCUGAAGUUGGAGUAUCGAUAGCCGACCUCGACCACGAUCUGUACUGCUUCGAAUGCCACAGUCCUGGAAAUUUACAAAAAUGUUCAUUAUGUCCGCGUGUUUUCCACGAGCAUUGUACUCCAACCAAUGCCAACAGUUCCAGCACAAACAAGAGAGGACAAUCACCUCCAAAUCAGCAACCAGUGACUACAAAUGACACCACAACAGAAUCUGUCGAAGAAUCUGUUUCACAAAUGGAGACAACAGUCAAUGAAGCAGACGUAGAAGAGCAACAACCCCCAGCAGAGCAUGUUGAAGAAAAACCAUCAUUCAAAAGAGAGGUUGCCAGCAGCACGGAAGACAUAAGGAUACAAAGAUUGCUAUCACAAAACUCUGAGACCAAAGAUGUGAUGUGUAUGGGCGAGGUGCGACCACCCAGUCGCCGAACGAGGCGGGUUCUAUCCACCUAUGAGAAACUCGAUGCAUCUGCCCUAGAUACAGAUGAAAAUCAGGAUAAUGUGAUGUUGUGCACUUCGUGCCGGUUAUAUCGAACACAAAGUGAUCCAGUCAUUGAAGCCGAAGAGAAAAAUUAUCUUUUGAAAUUCAUAUUUACGCGAAUAAAAACUUGGAUCACAGCCGAUACGUAUUCGCCUCUCCCGUUUUCAUCAAGCAUUCCAAUGCCAUCGAAGCAAGAAUUUGAGCUGUUCGAAAAGAAAUGUCUGAAAUUUCCAAAAACGCUUGAUUAUAUCGAUAAAAAGUUGAAAUCGAAUGGGUAUUCGAGUCUAACGGAGUUUCAGUGUGAUAUUAUGGAUAUACAACACUCGGUCGGGGUUGUUUAUGGAGUGCAAUCAGAUGAAUACUAUGCUUGCGUGUAUCUUCUGUCGGACUGCGCGUUUGAGUUGUCUGAAAUUCGUAAGUGUGCCGACUGCUACCGUCAUUCCAACGAAAAGUCGAAUGAAUAUUGGUUCUGCAAGCCAUGCGUGCCCCGCCAUGAGUUGGUAUUUGCAAAGCAAAUUGGCUACAGUCAUUGGCCGGCCAAAGUGAUAAAACUAGAGAAUAAUCGUUACGAUGUGCGUUUUUUCGGUAGCCAACAUCUCCGUGCUAACAUCGACGCGGUCUACGUUCUACCCAUCGACACUGAUAUCAAAUCAUUGAAAGUAAAGAAAACUGUCAGUUUCAAUAAGGCCAUGGAGGAACUUGAGAUCCAUCAGGAACUAUCGAAAUGGCCGCCUGGACAAUUCUCCUAUGAAGCCGAACGAAAGCACCCAGUUGAUCUGUCCGGUAUACACUCGAUUUGGCAAAACCAGAAAAGAAAACCAGGGAAAGGUAAGAAAACCGCCCAAAACUCAGUAAAUCGUGAGGCGGAUACAUCAUCUGAAGUGUGGAACACAUCGUUGAACUCCACAACUAUGACCACUGCGUCCACUACUACAGGGGAGAUUGCAUCGCCCCUGCAAAGUCACACGACCCCAAAUAACAGAGGAGGUAAACGAAGGAAAAAUAAUUCCAGCGCAACUGAAAGCAGCAUUCAUAGCGUGGCUGAUAUGAUUGCAAAUAAAAAAUCAAAACCAAACGCUAUCUCUACGCCGCUGAAGAAGAAGGUGAAUGCUAAGGGCAAACCAAACAUGGCAAGACAAAAAUCAGCAAAUGGAAAUGAUCCAAAUAAAAGGUCAGACGUCGAAGAUCCGAAUCAACAAGUUCCAGUGAGUCAAACAAAUGGUGAGGAAUCAGAAGUCUCUUCGACGCAAGAUCAUUCUUCCCGGCCAACAUCAAAGCCAAACACACCAGCACGAAUCAAAUCAAAUCUUGGAAAGCCAAAGCAGGACAUCGUUGAAACGCUGCUUCGUGAUCUGCAAGCGCUGAAAUGUCCCCCAGCAGCUUGUAAACUAGCGACGCAAACACUUCAGGCGGAAAUCGAGCGAGCAGCAGAACGCAACAAGCAGCUUAUAGAGAAGCACAACCGAGCAAUUGCCGUCAUAAAGAAAAAACAAUGGUGUUAUUAUUGCGGCAAAGAGGCCAUCUACCAUUGUUGCUGGAACACAGCCUAUUGUUCGACUGAAUGCCAGCAGGAACAUUGGCAGAUGGAGCACAAAAAGGCAUGUCGACGGGAUCGCCGAAAAGCGGACUAAUCUAAAACGAGGCGUAAAUACCAACCUAUUUAUUAGACUAAGUGUUUUCAAAGUGAAGUGACUUUUUUUUCAUGUUCUACUCUUUAUUUUCUUGUUGUUUUCCUUGAUCUAAUCGCUGUUGAACUUAGCCAAAAAGUGAAAUGUUCUAGUGAUAUUUUUCUCGCACGGAAAAGCGCCCAAACAUUGAAAAUGAUUUAUUUGUCGUCA